GACACAGCGUAAAAUUUACUAAAAUUCUACGCUGGUAAAAUGUCACUUGACAGCCAAAAAAGAAGAAAAAAUGACAGAUGACAGCCCAAAAAGAAGAAGAAAUGACAGAUGACAGCUCAGAAAAAAAGAAGAAGAAAUGGCAAAUUAAUUUUUGGGGGAUUUUUUUAAAAAAAUGUCAUUUUUGGGGGAAUUUGUAGUUCAGGUUGGGGGAAUUGUAUAAAUCGGUCUGGCAACCCUUCUCCGUGUCAAAUAAUUUCGACAGUCGCCAUAUUGAAAGCGACUUGUUUUUGGUCGAAAUUUGAUUUAGAAUCAGGGCCCAAGUUUAAGUUUAACCCAUUUUAACCAAAAACGAAAUGGAAGUAAUAAAACCAGAAAUUAGUGAGGAGACGUGUAAAGUAGAAAUAGAAAAUAAUGGAUUGGAUGAUGGAAAUACCUAUAUAGCUCUUUUGAAUAGCUAUGAAAUCAAAGAAGAAUCCAAUUUAGAAAGUACAGAUUAUUCUUUGGAUUGUGUAGAUUUAAAGGAAUUUCCCACAAAAACUGAAAUAGAACAAGAUGGAAGUACACUUAUCUGUUUUAAAGAGGAGAAACAGAGAACCAAAGAAGGGUUUUCUCAGAAUGGAAUGGAAAUCAUGAAAAGUGAACUUGCAUGCCCUACAGAACAACAAAUAAGUGCAAAUACUAAAGAAACAACAUUAAAAAGUUCUAUUUAUCAAUGUGAAAUUUGUUGUAAGCAACUUAGCCAUGCAGGUUCUUUGAAACGACAUAUGAAAACACACACUGGGGAAAAACCUUACAAGUGUGAAAUUUGUUUUAAGCAGUUUACCCAAGCAGGCCAUUUGAAAGUACAUUUGAGAGUGCACGCUGCAGAAAAACCUUACAAGUGUGAAAUUUGUUUUAAGCAAUUUAUUCAAGCAAUUACGUUGAAAACACAUUUGAAAGUGCACACUGGAGAAAAGCCUUACACUUGUGAAAUUUGUUUGAAACAGUUUAUCCAAGCAAGUUCUUUGAAAAUACAUUUGAGAGUGAAACACACUGGAGAAACUCCUUACAAGUGUGAAAUUUGUUAUAAGGACUUCACUUCAGCAAGUAAUUUGAAAACACAUUAUUUGAGAUUGCACACCGGGGAAACUCCGUACAAGUGUGAAAUUUGUUUUAAACAGUUUGCUCGAAAAUAUUAUUUAGCAGAGCAUAUGAGAUCACAUACUGAAGAAAAAUAUUACAAGUGUGAAAUUUGUUUUAAGCAGUUUUCUCAAAAAGUUCAUUUGGAAACGCAUUUGAGAUUGCACACUGGGGAAACGCCUUACAAGUGUGAAAUUUGUUUAAAGCAGUUUUCUGUAACAAGUAAUUUGAAAAAACAUCUGAGAGUGCACACUGGAGAAAAACCGUACACGUGUGAAAUUUGUUUUAAGCAGUUUUCCGAUUCAAGUCAGUUAAAACGACAUAUGAGAAUGCACAGUGGAGAAAAACCAUACAAGUGUGAAAUUUGUUUUAAGCAGUUUACUCGAAGAUAUGGCUUGAAAAGUCAUUUAAAAAUGCAUACUGGAGAACAAUCUUAAAAGUGUGAAAUGUCAUUUUCUCAACAAGUCUUUUCAAAAAGAGAAUUAUCAGUACUUAUGUACUGGACAAAAACCGUGGUCGGAGGACAAAAAAUCCAUACCAAUUAUUCCUGGACAAAAAACCCCCUCAAAAAAUUCCCGGACAAAUAAUCUCCGGCCAAAGAAUCCCCACAAAAAAUCCCGGACAAAUAAUCACCACAAAAUUUUUUGGACAAAAUAGCCUCACAAAAAAAUUGCGGACAAAAAUCCCCAAAAAAUAUUUGCUGCGAACAGUUCUCUAAAAGUUUUCCCGAGAAUGCAAACGACUAAAAUGUUUUUCAGCCUCAGUUCAUGAGAGCUAUAGCAAUCGCCAUGAAACCGCUUUUCGGCACGAAAAUAAUGAUUAGCAAUUAACAUUAAGCAUGAAUUGUAAUUUCGAUUACCAAAUUUCGCAUUCCAAUUCCAUGCCGAAAACUUCAAAUUUUACAUGACAAAAGAGUGCGAGUUUUUCAAAAAUCAUGGAAAAUAUGGCAAUAUGUUAAAGCUGUGGGAAUUAUGUUGUAAUUAUUCGCUUAAAUCUGUUGCUCACUCUGCUUUGAAUAACUAUGUUCAACACAUUGCCUAUUCGUGAUGAUAAACAAAAGACUUAUUCACAAAAUUCCUUUUCUCUCUCUAACUUAUAUAGGUCUUAACUUAAGUAACUUAUGUAUAUCUCUCUCUAACUCCCUACACUAUCAUUUGAUUUUAGAUUUAUUUAUAUCAAUUUAUUCCGUUAUAAAAAAUUCAGACUUGGCUCAAUGAUAUGAAAUGAUAUUAAUUUAGAGAGGAAUCUAUUUAUGUAAAUUUUAUUGCAUUUCAUUGACAUUCUAUUUUCCAAAAGAUGUGUGCGGUGUCCUUUACAAAAAGAAGCAGGUUUUUUUGCAUUACAAUUAAGAUUAUCAUUUUCAGGACCAGCAGUUAACAUCACGAAGAGGCAAUGUUUUGAACAUAGUUAUUUAAAUCAGUCUGAGCAAAAGAUUUGAGCGAAUAUUACAUGAUUCCCACAGCCUUAGCUCAUUCCCCAUAUCUUCCACGACUUUUGAAAAAACUCACACUCUUUUGUCAUGUAAAUUUCGAAAUGGAAUUGGAGUUCAAAAUUUGAUAAUCGAAAUUACAAUUUAUGCUUAUAGCCCAGUAAAUGAACGGGCAAUACGGCGAUACCGUGUAAUUUUCAGGGGCAACUCCGAAUUGUUGAGUUUCAGGGGAAACUCCACUUUAAAGUUGAAUUUGUGCCGUUGGUUGCUUUUACUUGGGGGGUGGUAGUGACCUCUUCUCGGGGGUAAAAAAACAUUCGUUCAAUAUAAGCCCGGAAAUGGAUAAAUUGACUGAUUAUAAGCUUUUGUUCUAUUGAGUUUUUUAUGUAAGUUAAUACUUUUCGAGAUAUUUGCGAUUGAAAAUGUUUAUUUUUCGACAAAAAACUAUGUUUUUCAACGGUUUUCCACAAAUAACUCAAAAAGUAAAUAAUUUAUCGAAAAAAUAUUCUUAGCAAAAGUGUAGCUUAUAAAAAAACUAAAAACAUGGUGUAUCAGUCUAUAUACCGAGUAAACGUAAAGUUGUAGCUCAUGCAAAAUACGUUGUUAGUCGUCUAUGGUUUAUUUUUUAACCAAGAGGAGUAAACUAAAAAGACAUUCACACCCUAGAAAAGUCACCAAAUACAUCUUCUUUUUUGGUUGAUCAUGUCGGCUUUCAACGGUAAUCCAUAAAUAUUAAAUAAUAAUAUGUCGCUAAAGAGUAAUAAAAACGACUGCUAUUUAUAUAAAGCAAUGUAAAAAUCUAAAAAUUAAAGGAAUAACACAGAAAACACAAAAAAGUGCCGAUAUAACUUAAUUAACCUAUGAAAUGCCAGUAAUGUCAAGAUUUGAUAAAUGUCAUUAGUGUCAAAUUUUUAUAACAGUGCAGUAAACUUGUUUGCGGUUGGACCAAUUACAAACAAGCAUUACAGCGCGUUAAAUUUGAAUCACUCCUCUUGGUUUAAAAGCAAACUAUAGUUCCAAAUCGAAUAUUUCAACGUGAAAUCAUCGAAAAAUUAAGCACUUUUCGGAAAAAAUCCGUUUAAACUUUUUCAAAAAAGCUUCAUUUUAAUUGUUUAUAAAAGUUUCUGGCGUUAAAAUGAGCGAGUUACGCUCAAAAUAAAGUUGGCCCCUUUUCUUGGUAAAAAAAUAAUGAAAAUCUCCCCUUGUUUAGCUCCAAAAUAAAAUUAAUCGUUACCGCUUUACAAAUAAUUUACUUUACUUUUCUAUUAUAUGAUCUGUCAGUUUCACUGGUUUAAAGUGCUUAUUUUUGAAAGUGUUAUACUUUAAAGGGCUUGAACGAGUCACACUCGUAUACACGAGUGUACGCAAACUUUGAAUAGCCUUAUUCUAACCAAUUUUUGUCUUACAGAAAAGCAAAAUGAAACUCAUAUUUAUAACAGCAAACCCUACAUGUGUUUUCACCUUACUAAAUGUUUUCGAAAAAAAGGAAAUUUUGCCAAAAUUUUUAGAAACUAUCUUUUUACUAUACAACCUAAUUCUUUCCAAAAUAAGCAGUUCAAACCGGUCAAACUUACAGAUCAUAUAAAAAAUAUACAUACAUUUAAAGUAAAUGGUAAAGCGGUAACGAUUAAUUUUAUUUACGGUGCUAAAUGAGGGAGAUUUUCACGAUUUUUUUACCAGAAAAGGGGCCAACUUUUUUUUUUCAGCGUAAGUCAUUUGUAUUUGAUGCUAGAAACUUUUGUAAACAUAAAAAUAAAGCCAUAAAGCCUUUUUAAACACUUUAAAAAAUGUUAAUCAGUUUUUCUAGAGAAUUGCUUAAUUGUUCGGCGAAUUCAUGUUGAAAUAUUCGAUUUGGAAUUAGACGAAUAAGAACGUAUUUUCCAUGAGCUACAACUUUGCUUUUACUCGGUUUAUAGACUUAACGGAUACACCAUUUUUUUAGUCUUUUUAUAAGCUACACUUUUUCUAAGAUUGUUUUUUUCGAUAAAAUAUUUACUUUUUGAGUUAUUUGCGGAAAACCGUCUGAAAAUGUAGUUUUUUGUCGAUAAAUAAACAUUUUUAAUUGCAAGUAUCUCGAAAAGUAUUGACUUACGUAAAAAACUUCAUAGAACGAACGUUGCUUAUAAUCAAGUCAAUUUAUCCAUUUCCGGGCUUAUCUUGAACGCAUGUUUUUUCAUCCCCGAGAAGGGGCGACUGUCACCCCCCAAGUAAAAGCAACCAACGGCACAAAUUCAACUUAGAAGUGGAGGGUAAAUAGAACCUAAAUCCAAAUGUUCAUGCAAUUCGGAGUUGCCCCUGAAAAUUACACUCCAAAACGGUUAUUUAUUGGACUAAAUAUUAACUGCUAAUCAUUAUUUUCGUGCAGUUUCAUGGCGAUUGCUAUAACUCUGUAGCACUGAUUCUGAAAAAUAUUUGAGUCGAUUGCAUUCACGGGAAAACUUUUAGAGAACUAUUCGGCAGCAAGAAAUAUUUUCUUGGGGAUUUUUUCUCCGGAAUUUUUUGCGAGGAUUUUUUGUCCUGGAAUUUUUUGUCCAGGGAUAAUUUGUGUGGCUUUUUUGUCCGGGAUUAUUUGUCCUAGCUUCCAAAAACCUUAAGGUACAAUUUAAAUUUAAAACAUUUAGUAAUUGUAGAUAAUCAUGUCUGUCCUGUAUCUCUACUAAUCUUAUUUUGUAUUGUUCUGAAGCUAUUUUCUUGUUUCAUCUUAUCGAAUUUAGAUACUAUUUUAUGUAGGAAUAAGCCACAAUUUGAGUUUGAAUCUAAAAAUAUCUCUAAAAUAUUUCAAACGUUUGGUGUUGAUUUUGACAGUAAAGAGUAAACUAAAGACCAAGUGUUUACCACGUCGAGAUAGCAUCACGAGGUUUUUUCCUCGUUAUUUACUAUGGAAUCACUAACAGGAGAAUUUCACUGUAAUCAUUGCAUGUGGUGUCUUUUUAAAGACAAAUCACAUGCUAUAAUUUUUCUUCGCUUUAAAUUAAAGUUGAUUUCAUAAUAUAAUCGAAUAAAUAUUUCAAUAAAUUCAUCCGCAGGAACAUUGGUAAUAUAAUUUUAAAGCCAUCUUUAAAAUGUAAAAUAUUUGUUUGAAUUUUCAGUAUGAAUGAUUCAGAUAAAAUUAAAUUAUUAGAAGAAUUUUUUACCAAGCAACAAAAACAAAAUUUGUUUAAUAUGGUAGGUAAUAUUAUAUUUGUGAAUAUAUAUGAAUGUUGUUUAUUUUGAUAACGAUUUCCAUACUCCAUUAUUAACAAAUAAUCAACUCAGGCUCGCCAGAACCAACAAACAUUUCGCAAACCCGUCCAAAUACGUAUUGCGGACCAUCAUAGGAUUCGUUGAAAAACCGACAAAAGUUGAUCGCGCACACAAUUUAACAAACAUGCUGCGCGCGAGUGGCGCACAUAUGUAUACGUACCUUUAGUGUAAAAGGUGUUUCAAGGAUCUAAUUUAAAAAAAUACACUAUUAGUUAUUAAUUAAGGCCCGGUCUUUUCACCUCCGAACAAAUAGUUAUCGGGAAGUUUAUCUGGCAGAUUACAUGUAAAUAUGUGAGAUAAACUUCCCUAAUAACACAAAACAUUCCAGGAAUGUUCCUGAAGGUACACACAGGACAUUGAAAACAUUCCUGGAAUGUCCCCAAAAGCACACGAAUGUCCCUGGAAAGUCCCAGGAAAGUUCUGUGUCAGCAUUUUAAACAUUCCUUGAAUGUCUUGUUGGAACAUUCCAUGAAUGUCUACGAAUGUUCUUUGGACAUUCACAGUAUAUUUUUUUAGACUGAAUGUCUUGUUGGAACAUUCCACGAAUGUCUUCGUUUUUGCACAAGUUUCUGUUGUAAGUAAUGUUAUAUCGUUACAAGUAUUUAUUUGGCAGCUUAAAAUAUAGGAACAUUUGUAGUAUGUUCACAGAAUGUCUUAUGGUAACAUUCCAGGAAUAAUUUAAUCAGAUGUUCACCGAAUGUUCCCUGAAUGGCCAGGACAUUCAAAUAUUGAUAGAACUUUGGUAGUACAUUCCUGGAAUGUUUUGUGUUGUUAGGGUUCAGACCGGGUCUUAAUAGAUUAAUACCUACUUUAUUAUACCAAAUAGAAAAUAACUUUUACACAAGCUCUGAAGCUUUUUUUAAUUUUGAAAAUCAUGCUUAGACUCCCAUGGAGUGUUAAUGGGUGAUGUCGUUUCUUAAUAUUUUAUUGAAAUUUUAUAAAGAAAUCUUUAUAAUAAAAUUAAACAGUUUUUAAAUUU